AUGGUGACAGCAGCUCUCUCGCAGGGCGUCGGGUACGGCAUCGUGCUCGGCGUGGGCUUUCUCUUCGCCAUUGGCAUGAUUGCCACGACCUAUGUCCUCAAACGAUACAACAGAGAGCUCCAGACCUCUGAGAUGUUCACCACCGCAGGCAGGACAGUCAAGUCUGGUCUCGUCGGUUCCGCAGUCGUCUCGUCGUGGACGUGGGCCGCGACGCUUCUUCAAUCAUCCGGUGUCUGCUACCGGUAUGGCGUUUCCGGACCGUUCUGGUAUGCUUCCGGCGCGACCGUUCAGAUCUUGCUGUUUGCUACGCUCGCGAUCGAGUUGAAGCGCAGAGCACCCAACGCCCAUACAUUCCUCGAGGUCAUUAAGGCGAGAUACGGCACGGCUACGCACGUCGUCUUCAUCGUGUUUGGUCUGAUGACGAACAUUCUCGUCACGUUGAUGUUGAUCGUUGGAGGUGCUGCCACUGUCAAUGCCUUGACUGGCAUGCAUACUGUUGCUGCGAUCUACCUCCUGCCCGUCGGUGUCGUCGCCUACACCAUUGUCGGAGGUCUCAAGGCAACUUUCCUCACUGACUGGGUCCACACCUUCAUCCUCCUGAUCAUCAUCAUCAUCUUCUCCUUGACAGCUUACGCCAGCUCAGACGUCCUCGGCAGCCCGUCCAAGGUCUACGACCUCCUCGUCGAGGCCGCUCUCAGACACCCCGUCUCAGGCAACGCCGAUGGAUCUUACCUGACAAUGAAGUCCCAGGGCGGCGUCGAGUUCUUCGUCAUCAACAUUGUGGGCAACUUCGGCACCGUCUUCCUCGACAACGGAUACUACAACAAGGCCAUCGCCGCCUCCCCCGUCCACGCCCUCCCGGGCUACAUCCUCGGCGGCCUCUCCUGGUUCGCCAUCCCCUGGCUCACCGCCACGACCAUGGGCCUCUCCGCGCUCGCCCUCGAGUCGAACCCCCGAUUCCCCACCUUCCCCGACCGCAUGACCGAGGCCGAGGUCUCCGCCGGCCUCGCCCUCCCGUACGCCGCCGUCGCGCUCCUCGGCAAGGGCGGCGCCGCCGCGACGCUGCUGAUGGUCUUCAUGGCCGUCACCUCCGCCAGCUCCGCCGAGCUCAUUGCCGUGUCGUCCAUCUUCACCUACGACAUCUACCGCACGUACUUCAAGCCCGACGCCAGCGGUAAGCGCCUCAUCUACAUGUCGCACGUGUGCGUCGUCAUCUACGCGCUCAUCAUCAGCUCCGUGUCGGUGGGCCUGCACUACAACGGCAUCUCGAUGGGCUACCUCUACGUGCUCAUGGGCGUGCUCAUCUCCGCGGCCGUGCUGCCGGCGACGCUGACGCUGGUUUGGAAGGGCCAGAACAAGUGGGCCGCGACGCUCUCGCCCAUCUUCGGCACCGCUUUUGCGAUCAUCGGAUGGCUUGUCACGGCGAAGAAGACGUGCGGCGUGCUGGAUGUUACUUGCACGGGCUCGAACAACCCGAUGCUGGCUGGCAAUGUCAUCGCGCUGCUGUCGCCGCUGGUGCUCAUCCCGAUCUUCACUCUCAUCUUCGGCUUGGACAAGUAUGACUGGAAGUCGAUGAUGGCGAUCCGCCGGGGCGAUGACCACGAUGUCGCCACUGACGCGGGCAUGGAUCUCGAGGAGGACGUCCACGGCGGGCGUGAGGAGACGCAGGCUGAGUUCGAGAGGGAGCAAGCCAUGCUCACCCGUGCCUUCAAGAUUUCCGUCUCCAUGACGGCCUUCAUGACCAUCGCGAUGCUCGUGCUCUGGCCGAUGCCCAUGUACGGUUCCGGCUACAUCUUCAGCAAGCCCUUCUUCACAGGCUGGGUCAUCGUAGGCAUCCUCUGGAUCUUCUGCUCCUUCUUCGCUGUUGGCCUGUUCCCGAUCUUCGAGGGCCGCGCAACGCUCAUCCACACCGUAAAGUCGAUGGUAUCGGGCAAGAAGCCGACGCGUCACAUCUCCACGCAGGGAGAGGAGGAGGUCAGCGAGAAGACCAGCCCUGGAACGGCCACUCCCGAGAAGAAGAGCGAGGGGGCAAAUGAGACUAUCACGUCGAGCUAG